AUGGACUACAACGAAAUAAGCCCAAGUACUGAGCGCCGAAUCGAGGACUUCUUCGCUGCAACUACGCAAUGCACGAGAGAUGUCGCGCUCCGCCAUGCAAGUUUGAAUGUGAAGGAUGUACGUAUGACAUUUGUUGGUAGCGGCGCAAUGGCUGCCAGCACGUCUCUUGGAGGCGAUGCAUCUGAUUUAAACGGAUCAGUUGUUGAGUGGCCCAUGAAAGCGAGUAAAACGCUCGCAUCACAUGAUUCCCUCAAUAAAACAGGCGACGUGUACGUGGAUCAAGGGGUCUUGUCAUUCCUUAUUGAUGCACUAACAUCUGCACAUUUGGCUCUUCUAGUGAAAAUGAAACAUGUCUCCGUUUCUCUAACGAUUGAUUUCGUGCGACCCCUUCUUUCAGAGCGUCCUUUUAUUUUGGUGAGUCGUCUCCUGCGGUCGGGUCGCCGGAUUUGCUCCCUUAGCGCCGAGGUGCGACAGGAACAAAAUGGGAAAACAGUUUUAUGCGCCAGAGCCGACCACACUAAAGUUUUCAACGACACGAAAUCACCAAACAAAACCCGACGUGCGGCCAUCUCAAAACUGUAG